AUGCAGAGCAACAGGAACUACAAGCAGCAACGAGACGAUCAUGUUGUGCUGAAUGGAGGUGGAGUUAAGAGGACAAUAGCCGAUUCCUUAGUGCAUUCAUUCACUCGGGAGUGCAGUAUGACUCCACUUGAAGUAAACUGUGAUGAUUGUUGUGAGGAAGACCUGUGCAAUGCUAAUUUCUCUGUGCAGUACUAUCAAGAAAUGAUGAGCAGGCAGUACACUUCGUGGUUCACUCCGUUGCCAGGCGAGCAGGAAAGGAAGAACCCGAAUCGUGCUUCAAAACAAUUGCGGUACAGGGUUCAACACGAAAGCGCUGAAGUGGAGUAUCGUGGAAUUUCAUGUGUUGUCAACGUAUGGAAUAGAAUUCCGGUGGAUCACAGCAUGAGAACAUUUGGUUAG